GGGAUGACACUAUUGCACUCGACUCCUUGCAACUGAAGAAGAAGAAGAAGAAGAACAUGCCCUCAAAAUAACAAACAAAACGUAACUCCCGAACAAAAUAACUUCAAAUCGAGGUUAAUCAACUAUUCUACGAGAAUGGCGGAUGCCGAUGUCCAAGGAGAAGGUAAACUGCCGGUAAUUACGAAGAGGGUGCAAAAUCUAGGAGACCUAGCAAUUUGGCAGAGAUCCCGCGCCUACCACGACUUGAUAGGCUAUAUCAAUGGCACCAGUUCGGCCAUUCAGGGGAUCAAGACCACGGACGAGGUGUUCGAGUCGGAAAUGCUGCGGAAGCUAGUGCGCCUCUUCGAUUCCCUGGAGAAGUUGGUGCAGCAGCAUCCUCCCUUGGAGCAACCCCAGCGGUUCGGCAACAAGGCCUACAGAGAUUGGGCCCAGGAAAUGCGGGAACAGCUGCCGGAACUGCUGGAGCAGCUGCUGCCCGCCGCCAAGAAGAGAUACAAGAGCGAACUGGAGCAGUACCUUGUGGAGUCCUUUGGCAAUGCCACCAGGAUUGACUACGGAACCGGGCACGAGCUGUCCUUCCUGUUCUUCCUGUGCUCCCUCUUCAAGGCCGAGAUCCUGCAGGAACAGGACAUCGUCAGCGCCGCCCUGAGGCUUUUCAAUCGAUAUCUUGAGUUUGUCAGGCAGUUGCAGCGCACCUACAACAUGGAACCAGCUGGCAGUCAGGGAGUCUGGUCGCUGGACGACUUCCAGUUUGUGCCCUUCAUCUGGGGCAGUGCGCAGCUAGCAGUCAAAAGCCCCUUCGAUCCCUCGAAGUUCGUGGACGAGCAGAUCAUCAGUGACUUUAAGGAUCAGUUCAUGUUCAUCAGCUGCAUCGACUACAUCUGCAAGGUCAAGACUGGUCACUUUGGCGAGCACUCCAACCAGUUGUGGAGCAUCACGGAUGUGCCCUCGUGGGUUAAGAUCAACGCGGGAUUGGUGAAAAUGUACCAAAAGGAGAUACUCUCCAAGUUUCCCGUGAUUCAGCACGUCUACUUCGGGGAGCUAAUGGCCUUUGAGCCAGUAUCACCUGGCACAACCAUCACCAAUGCCCGCCUGGGUCAUGUGGCACCGCCGCCGUCCAAACGCAUCUGCAUUGGGACCCCGAAUUUGGUGCCACCAGUUCCGGUGUCCGUGGUGGCUCCUCCUCCCGCUGAAUCUCUAAGCAACGAUCUUAAUGUGGGCGAUUCAAGUAGCGAGAGCAGCGACAGCAGCGUGGUACUGCGUCCAUCGACAUCGUCAGCGUCUCUGGUGGCAGCCGCCGAGGGAUCAGGGGAUAAGCCCAACAUCCAAGCUGCCCAGGGAGAAGCCGCCAAGGAAUAGGCGGCGGAGUAGGGGAGCGUGACGAUGAUCUAACCUGUGUUACAAAUUUCUUAUUAAUAGUGUUGACCCUCGGUCCAGUAAAACUGUUUACACAAGUAAA